AUAGAGCUGAAAUUUGGUAGGGGUGCGAGUGUCCUAUGGGUUGGUUGUGAAUGCUGUGCGUAUUAUCUCCUGUUCUUCCAAUAGUGGCAGGUCGGCCGCCCCCUCCACCCAUAGGUUGUAUGUAUUUACCCAUUUUAAAAGAUAAGGAACUGAAAUUUGGUAGAGAGGUGCAAAUGGUCUGGCGCUAGGAGAGGAUCGUGCACUAUCUCUUGUCCCUCCACCCGGGCGAAGCGGGGUAAAUCAGAACUAUUACUGCAUUUCCAUAAUAAACAAAUGCACACAUAUAUACACUGUUAAUUGACUCAAACAUGUUAAUGUAUGUAGAUAUUUUGUGUGUAAGGCUUAAUGAAGUCUGUACUAAUUCUUCUUUCUUCUUUCCUUCCAUGUCUCCCGACACGUGGAACUGUAAAAUAAAGGCUGAUAGUGAUGACGAAAGUGAGGGCGUAGUGUAAUUAUAAUUGGAUAAUUGUAUAAAUGUCAAACAUCUGGAACUCUGAAAAGGUGAGUAGGGUAGAAAUAAAUGGACUCAAGUUGAUCGAAAUAAAACAAAUAAUCGCGAAAGUGCUUGUUUGCAGUUUAUAUAAAGAACCCACAGGAUUUAAUUUAAUUAUAGAAAACGGGGUAUCUUGUCACUGCAGCCAAUUUCAGAAAACGUGUAUCAUGAUAUCAGUGUGGAGUGAUACGUGGAUGCGCAGGUGUAGUGAAAAUAUCAACUCCGUUCUUUUCUUCCCCCACUUAUUUGUAAUCAGAAAUUAAUAAUCACAUUUUAGAAAAGAAAUCAUAACGAAAUUGAAAAUGUUGCUAAUGCGCCGGCGAUGUCGGUUGCGGAGUCGGCGACGAGAACUGUUGCUGUUAGUGGUUGUGGUGUUUGGUUUGGUCAUAAUUGCUUAUUAUCUAAUGAUGAAUGAAAACGAUGUUGAAAAGCAGCCCCCGUGUACUGUGUCUCAAGAACAGAGGAGAAGACUGUAUCCACUGUUAUCUACAGUAUCAUCUCUACUAUCUCGCCUGUCUAUCACACAUUUCCUCUGCUAUGAUUCCUUAUGGGGCGCGAUACAGGAAUCUGGCCCACUUCCCUGGGAUGUUCAUGCUCACCUCUGUGCUCUGAAUGAAAAGGUGUCGGUUCACGAUGAGGCUGAGCUGCUCCGAGCCUUCCGACGUCGUGGGCUGACGUUGGAGUACAGUUCCGCAGACGGUCAAUACACCAUCAGGAAUUCGACAGGUGAGACGGGAAACAUCGAGGUACCAACAGUGCGAGUGGUUCUGUUCGAGGAAGACGACCGACUACACAUGUUAAGACGUGUGGGAUGGCGACGACGUGUGUUACCCCCCGACUGUGAUGCUCACCCGACUCUUCAGUGCUUCCCACCAAACCUGGCCGCGUUGCCUCUGCCUAUGCGACCAUUCGGCCCUCUUUCCUUGCCUGCGCCAAGGGAAGACAUUGACUUGCUCAAGUUUCACUAUCCGGACACCUGGUGGCGACCACUCCAGCCUCACUGCUAGUACUACCCCACAUCUGAUGUAAAGGAAACCUACUAACUUCUGUGAAGGUUCGUCGGCUGUUGUUGCUCAAGAUUAUAUGGCAUCAUUCUUGUGGCUGCCACAUGUUUACCACUUCUGAAACACAGAACUCGUGGUUUCCAUUGAUCAAAACUUCUCUGAUAUUUCGCAUCCCAAGUUUAAAGCUCCAAUUGGUUUAAACUUCCCAGUCAUGCCACCUCUUGGUCUGUCAGUGACCAUUUUUUUUAUAUAAUUGACACAGACUGAUCGAAAUUUUUAAUAGAACACUUUUUAAAAUCUCAUGUUCAUACAAAUAUCAAGUAUCCAUUAUUUUGUUAAAAAUACUGUAUAAAUCCUGUAAGAAAAUACGUGAGACGACUCGUCAUAACAUAGCAUAAUAAACAAAAUAUACUGUAGUCUUUUGGACAAAAUUACGGUAAAUUGGUGCUCAGUCGUAUAUAUACUGGGCAGGGUUCUGUUUCUGAGCUCAAUAUUGGUAAAAUGAUCUUAAAACUAUUCAAAUAACUUUGACAAACAUAUUCACAUGAACUAAAUGUAGUUCGUUGCAAAAAAUUUCUUUUUAAAUAUAGUAUAUUUAAUUUUGCGGACAGUAGUCAGCAUCAAUGUUCCAACAACACGUGGGUUGAUCUACAGUCGAUAUGUUUGUUGUUAUUGAGGUUUGCCCAAACAGUUUGCUCAAUAAACCUACACUAACUGACGCGUGUAGACUUAUUUGUAAUCUUACCUUUGUAUUUGUCACAUAAUGUUGAAAUUAUUUCAUGAUAAUUCAUAACUAAUGCGCCACAAUAAUCUUUUGUUUCUUUCUGGGUAAAAGGUUAACUGUUUAGAAUUGUCAGUCUUCACAUUGUCGAUUUUAUUCAUCAUAUAGGUUACAAGGGGGGUAUUUAUUAUUAAUUUUCCUUCCUGCCGAUUACAACUCGUCGCUUGACUAAUAGGAGAAGGCCCCAUUGUAUCACAAAGGCGUUUUUUUUCGGUUCCUCAAAGAGGUGAACCCUUGAUUUUAAGUUCAAGUUGAAAUAUAUUUGUUGAUGUACAAAUGCAGCCUCAGUGGCCACAUAUUUUUGCAGACAUUCUCCUUCAGCUACAAUAUAUUUUUAUACAUAUUUAUUAUAUUAACAAGUUAACUAUGAAAGUUACAAAAUAAAAUUUUUGGGAAAAAUAAUUUGUCCUUGCAAGUAAUGAAAAUAUGAAGAACUGGGGGUGUAUCUCCUUGUUAUGACCUUGGAUUCACUUUUCUCUUGUAAUGUGUGUGUGUGUGUAUUGAAGCAGGACUGUCCAUCUUAAAUGCACAAAAAUUAACAAUUUGUUACUGUAAACUAUUAUGGAUCACUUGCGUAAGUUUUACAGUACGAUAUUGUCAAAGACGCACAAAAAUUAACAAUUUGUUUCUGCGUAAAAUAUGAAUCACUUCAAGUCCUAUUUGUCUAAGAGGUUGUGCUUUGUAGCCAGAUUAAACUCAUGGAUAUCACCAUCAACGAUGUUUAUUACUGAAAUGUGUAAUUAAUAUACUUCUUAUAUAGAGAAUAUAACACUAGUACCAGAAUGGAAUAAUGUAAAUAUAUUUUACUCAGGGACGAAUUGUCAGCUUUUGAGUUAGGGCGGUGGGUAGGUGUGGUGCAGCGGGCAAGGCGACUGGCGGUCGAUCACCUAGAGUAAUGUUUGGUUAGGUGACUCAUCACCAUUGCUCACUCGACGAAUAUUUUCUUAGUAAGAUCACGGCCGCUCAAAAACAAAAAGUUCUCACCAGAGUUAAGGGGAACCAAAUUCAUUUUAUCCUAGCCGUAUUCGAGGGAAAAUUACACCACCAGAUUAUAUAGUCAUUUGUUGUAAUAUUGAAUUGAUUAUAAUAGAAAAAGAUAGUUUGUUAUGUAGGUCUUCUGUUCUUACUAAAAACUAGUAGGUAUGUGCAAACUUGUCAUGUAAACUACACCUGUUUAUUGAUAAAACUGUUAGUAGCAUUGAUGAGUAGAUUAUUCACUGGCAGACAAAGGAAAUUGUAACAUUAGUCAUUUGUGAAUACUUAUAACGUUCAACACGAACGAUAGUUGGGUAGUUACCCAACUAUGUAUAUAUAUAUACUGUAUAUAUAUAAUGGUAACACUACUUCAACAGUGAGUGUAGUAUAGGAGGUGGUAGUGGUCGGAAGUAGUGUCAGAAACAGAUAUAUCAUGGGGGUAUCGUAACUAUACAGCCCUCUCAGAAAUUGUCGCAGAUUAUACAGUACUAUACUCACUCACCUAAACGCUGUGCUAUUUCAAUAUAGGUAUGUCAUUUGGGUAUCAUUUUCCUUACGGUCCACAAUAGCUUUGAUAAUUAAAAGCAAAAAAAAUCACGAUAGUUUAGAUAUUUCUAAGACUUUUUCUUCUAUGGCAUUUUCGUCACUAAUGACUUAUAACCGAGAUAUAACCGGGAUAUUUAUUUCAUAUUUUAAUUGUUUAACCAUUGGUACUAUUCAACUUAAGAACAACACGGGAAUCGUAGGAAUUUUAUCUUUAAUCAAUAGUUUAGACAAUUUUAAGACACUUCUGUGACGUUUCCCUCGCAAACGACUUAAAUAUGCAUGGAGGCCCAGGAGGGCGGAGCCCUCUCGGUUAGGAGGCUAGGUUAGGUAAGUUUUAAGACAUUUGCGAGGGAAAUGUCAUUGAAGAAAAAUGUCUUCGAAUUGUCUAAAUUAAAGGAAAAUAUAUUUUUAGUUAGCAACGCGAUUAUGGGCCUUAAGGAAAAUUUUACUGUCAUGAUUCAAUGUAUGUUAAUAUGUGCUGUCAAUUUUGUUUCGUUAUUCUCUUAUGAUGAUGUACAAGAAUGUUAACCAUUGCAAGAUGCUUAAUAUGAUUAUAGUAUAUGAUUGUUACCUAUUUAUUUAACAUACUGAUAUACUAUGUGCUGUACAGUAUAUUUUAAAUGUAGUUUUGAUGUCAAUUGGUGAACAUUUUAUUUUACGUACAUAUACUACAAUAAUAGUAGGCCUAAUAUAUACAACAUUAGGUAGGUUAUGUGUUGCAAUUAUUACGUGUAUCGAUGAAAUUGUUAGUCAAGAUUUUGAUACACUGUGCUUGUUAUCAACAUUUUUUAUACUUUUAUUACAAAAUGAAGUGAUGCAUAAGCUAUGUGCAUAUAUUUUGUAUCAUAUCAUUAUGGCCAUAUCGUCAUCCAUAAUGUUACAAGCACAAAGGAAAUAAACACAUGAAUAUUAGUGAGCAAUAUGUGCACUAUAAGAUAAUAAGUAGAUCAUGUGCGGAAGAGUACAGAUGCCACAAACCACAAAGUUUUUCGGUUAAUAUUGACUUAUCUUGGGCAAAUGCUUCGUUCGGCAGAUAAUUAGGCUCCUAGACUCGCAAUAGCGGCACUACUUAUGUCUUUCCAACGAUAAAACGGUAUGGCGGCCCGAUCCAUGCUCCAUGUUUUCCUCCACUCAUUGUUUGUUUACGAGCCACUCGAUCUAUAGUAGUGUGGGGUAUGAGAUUGUUUGGUUCACACUCAGGAUGGGAUGGAGAAAGGAAACUCACAAUGUGCUCUCUAUAUACAUGUUGUAUUGGAUGUACA